AUGGCUUCAAUUAGCAACCAACUUUGGUUGUUAUUUCUCUCAGUUGUGCUUCUUCCUAUUUUUGCAUUUGCUAUCCGUUCGACAAUAGAAAAUGGUGUACAACAAAUAAAUUUACAUCCCAAAACAACUGUGCGCAUUUACAAUCAACUAGGAGGUUAUGAUGUUGAUGUUCAUUGCAAAUCCAAAAAUGAUGAUUUAGGGAAUCAAGUGCUUCAUGAUAAUCAACAUUUUCAGUGGGAUUUCCAUCCUAAUAUUUGGGGUUCAACAUUAUUCUUUUGUCAUAUAUCAUGGACUAACGGUCAAGGAACAUAUGAUAUAUACAAACAAAAAAGGGAUUUUUCUAAAAGGUGUAAAAAAUAUUGUGACUGGUAUGUUACAAAAGAUGGAAUACAAGGGUUCAAACAAGUGUUGGAUAAUGAUGGGACACAACAUGACUCAGAGCAAGACACAUUUUUUAACUGGGAACCACGACCAUAG